AUGAGUGCACCGCCCAGAGAUGCACUGGAAUUUCCAGAAUCGGAUAGGGAGUUCUUAGAGCCUCAUCUCCCCCCACGGGAUGGCUCGGCACCUCUUCCCGACCUGCCAUUUGCAACACUCACAUUCGCGACCUCGCUUGAUUCUUCGCUGGCUUUGUCCCCUGGCGCACGCACAGUGCUUUCGGGGCCUCAAUCUAAGGCGAUGACUCAUUAUCUGAGAUCUCGGCACGAUGGCAUUCUGAUUGGCGUUGGUACCGCAGUCGCCGAUGAUCCUGGUCUCAACUGUCGCAUCACAGGAGUCGGCGGUUAUGGGAAAGCGGGAUUGGAUGGUCAGCCGAGACCGGUAGUAAUUGAUCCCACGGCUCGAUGGAACUUUUCAGAUGAUAGCAAACUGUUCCAACUUUGCAGGGAGGGACGGGGUCUUGCUCCCUGGGUCAUCACCGCAGUUGAGACAAAAGACACGAAGAGAAAGGAAUUGCUGGAAAAAUACGGCGGCAAGUUUAUCAUGGUCAACAUGCUCAGAACACAUACGGGAGGGCAUCAAAUUGACUGGCAAGAUUUGCUCGUUACACUGAAAUCGAACGGUCUCAGAAGCAUCAUGAUAGAGGGAGGUGGCCAGAUCAUCAAGUCGCUUCUGAGCCCGAAAUAUAUGUCAUUGCUGAACAGCGUUAUUGUGACUAUCGCUCCGACAUGGCUAGGUGAAGGUGGUGUGGUCGUCUCCCCUGCUCGACGUUUUGACGAUGGUGGAAAUGCGAUCUCUGCGGCACGGCUGAAGAAUGUCAAGUGGUAUCCAUUUGGGGAAGAUGUCGUCCUUUGUGGACAGGUCAAGCUCUCCGAUUGA